UCGCUUAUUAAUUUUUACUCCACGCAAGGUUGUUUCACGUCGGAACCGUCUCUCCAAGCUCAACAAACAACUUUUUUUUUAUUAUAGUUUUUCGAGAAAAGGUAAGUUAAUUCUCUUGGUUGUUAAAUUAAGCGCUAAAAAACAAGAAUUUAGUUAUUCAUACAAACCAACAACGCAUGAACAGACCACGUAAUUGCAAGAAGACCACUGAGUUUUCCACCGCUAAGAGUUGGUCGUUAAAAGAACUGCUCAGACAAUGGAAGAUAGGAAAGAUUAUAACGUGGCUUUUUGAACGAAAAAAUGGGAUAAUCACUAAUUUCUUCCUACGGCAGACAAACAUGAGAAAAAUUCCGCUAAAAUACGGUAACUCAUUGAACGGUUAAAAGUUCACUCCAGUCCAAGUCUUCAGUUUCUUGAUCAAAAAAUAGGGCUGGAAAAUUCAUGUCUAGAACUGAAUGAAAAUUUCAAUUUUCCCCUCCUUGAUUAUAAUAAGUACACAGGUAGCAAAAAGAUUUGAUAAAAAUCUGACUGUCGUCGAUCAGUUUAUGGUACGUGAAAACUUAAUUGAAAAAAAAUAAUAAUAAAGAGAGCCAAAGGGAAACUGACUGGGCAAAUUUUAUGAGACGUUCGGAGAAAACUAGCUUCUCUCAAACUCGCUGAGCAAAAAUCAGGAGUCUUGGAUCACACUAGCUUCUUCUUCAAUGAAACACUGCCUUGCCGGUUACAAGCAACGGGCUUAAAUUCUUAUCUAGUUGCAACUGUGUUACCUUAUAUCGCUAGCAGCGCCCGUGGGCCAUACGACGCGAAUCCUGUGUUCUGAUUAGCUACCCGAGCGGGCAAGACGAGCCCAUCUUUCGCGCUCAGAAUUGCUCGCUUUGAUCCCGUGCAAGGAGAGGACUUACAAAGUCCGUAGUUCUUGGACAGUGUCGCCGAUAAAGACGAAAAAAGCGGCAGAAGGCAGUCAAAACAAAGAAAACAUAAACAACUCUAAUGGGUUUUUUGUGCUACAAACAGAGUUGGCUUUCUUUCUCAGCUCUCAAAACAAACAAGCCAUUCUUGAUUCUUGAUACAGCGAGAUCUCUUUUAAAGAAGAACGUUUAAUCGUUUGUCUCAUGAUGUAAGAGUCAGGAUAAUUAAUAGUGUACUGAUCGCGACAUUUCCAACACUCUACCACUAGUCUCCGUCAGAAGUUUGCGUAUCGCCGUUUGUAGCGCCUUGGUUAGUUGUCAUUGUGGGUUUUGGUGCACUGUCAUUAAGGGCCUCAAGCAGUCAGGACGGCAACGCCAAGGAGGACUUCGAUUGAAAAAUGGAUUUCUGUCUUAAUUAGAAUUAAAAAAUGGCUGCAUUUGUUUACCGUCUCAUACGGCGCCACACCUCAACUUCCAAAUGGAAAUAAAAAUAAUUUGCCGUCCCGGUUUCGUUUCGCAGACGACGUGCUGAGCUAUUGCUCUGCUAAUUAGUUCUUUUGUUUUUCCAUGCCAUGUUUUCCAUGUCCUCGUUACCAUCGCCGUUGUGGUUUGCUUAAGGCCACUAUUGGUGCAUUUCGACUCCAUUAUUAUUCCAAGUAUUAGAUGUUCUUUGCUUUGUUACUGAUUGGCUGAUUAAAAGCUCUCUGGAUAGUUAACAUCAAUGCUUCAGAAAUUUCGAUCCCGCUAUCUCUAUUUAUGUUAUUGAUGAAGGAUGAAGUCUCGUAUACAGACGAUUUCUUUAACCAUACGUGUGCACCAAUGAGAGUCUUAAUCAAUAAACUGAACUUAACGUUAACAUGGUCAAGUUCAUUGGACCUGUCAUUUUUUUUUUUUUUAGGUGUUACAGAGGCGAAGGUGACUGAGUUACAUGGCGGAUACAAAGGUUUUUAUUUUGUUCGUUAGCUUGGCUUGGGCAAUCGGCGCAUUUGGGAGGCCAGUAGAAAUUUCGGAGGAAAGAGACAUUGAGGUAAGUUAUCCAACAGUUUAUCAACAGUAAGGGCAUGUUAAUCUAUCUCAGGAGAAGGCUAGUAGUGUAUUUGCUUAAAUCAUCCCUGUUACAGAGAAAGUCUGAGGCCCACUGGUUGCGUAAAACUGUGGUUUGGGUUGGAAGUCAUUGAAAUAACCGGCACAAAGAGUGACCUUUCAAGCGUUUGCCCUUCGCCACUGGAGACUCAGAGCGAAGGGCCAGAGCUCAGAACCUCAGCUUUAGAAACUAUUUAUGGUGGCAGAUUUAUAGUAGCAACUCAGCUGAUAAUUAAAAAAAUAUUUACCGAAGUGGAGGUGGCAAGCGGUGCAUAUUUACUAAGCUGGAAAUGUUUAAAUAUAUAAAAUUAUAUUACAACAGUGAGAUGAUAUAGCACUUAAAGAUUAUUUUAAUCCACUUAUUCCUGCAACGAUUGCAAUAUUUUUGAGUGCGCAUCCUGGUCAAAUUUCUCGAAAGUAAAGACAAAGGAUAUUUAGAGUUUGAGUAGCCAAUCAGAGCGCACCUUCAACGUUAUCUACUGAUUUAGUGAUGUAGUAUAAACUAAAACCAAAUUAUCUUGUUGAAUCCCCUCCACCCCCCCUCCCAACCGACGCAACACAACAGUUACAGUUAUUCUUUAGAAACUUACCUCCUUUAUCCACUUUCGUUUCUCUUAAGAAUGCUAGAUUUCGAACGAUUGACGAAAAUGGAGAUGGUGUUAUUACGUCAGAAGAGUUGAUGAUAGGGCUUAAAAUGCCGGCGGUGAGAGCAAACAAAUAUAUGGUUGCUUUUGACAUGAACGGAGACGGAGGGCUUCAACGUAGCGGUAAGACAGAAGCUAAAAUUUAUACAUGCUAAAAGACAGUUCCUUUCCUCAGCGUAAUCCAUCACACAAAUCUCAGCAGAAAUAAAACGACAUUCUCUUUCCCAGAGCCACUCGGUUGCUCUGACUGACGACGGAACCGAAACAAACGAAGACUAGUGACGAGAAUUAGGUCUCAGGACUGGAGCGAGGUGCGCGAGAUUAUUUUCGCGCACUUUGUGUCCUUGUGCCCUCGUGACGCCGUUUGUUUAUUUUUUUGUUUUGGUUUGCUUAUCAAUACGAUGCCAAUUUCUAUUGACUCCCAUGACAGAAUUUGCUGUUUAAAAUUGUCUCAUGUCCAAAAAUUCUCCACAAAUUGAUCCGGCCUAUAAAAUUGCAAAACUAAUUACAACUUCAAAUUUAUUUUGCAGAAUUUUUAAAUAUACCUAAUACAUGAACUGUAAUGCCGUAACUACACCCCAAUAAAUGGAUGCAGUUUAAACAGACGUGACGGGGAACUGACCACAAAUGGCUUUACAUACCUUUACGUGGUGUAAAACUUUAAACUUCAUUUGGUUGUAAUAAAUGCAAUUGUUUGGGAG